AUGGAGCCCCCAGGCAAGCAGCCCCUGCGGGAGCUUCCCCCAGAAGAGCCCCCGCCUGAGGACUCGGGUGCCGAGGCAGCUCCCAGCAGGCAUGUCCUCUACGUGGGCCACCUGAACCCCCAGUUCUCCGUGCCGGUCCUCACCUGCCUGCUGAGAGACGCCCUGGAGCGGCUCGAGCUGCCGGUGGCGCGAGAGCACAUCGAGGUCGUGCGGCGGCCACGCCAGGCCUACGCGCUGGUGCAGGUGGCCACCCCCAAGGACACCCUGGCCUCCCUGAUCCGGCGCCUGCACACGGCCUGGGGGCAGCACCAGAUCAUCAAGGAACUGGUGGCCCGCGGGAAGGAGCUGGUGCUGGGUGACGGCCGGGAGCCUUCAAACCGCAGAGAGGAGGACUGUGGCCCCAGCCGCGGCCCGGUCCUGGGCUCCAGCCCUCCGCGAGCCAGGCCGGCCCAACCCCUUCCUACCCGGGCACUGGGCCUGCAACGAGUCUCCCCCAGCUGGCCCAGCGGCACGCGCUCAGACAGCGCCAUCACGCACCAGGGCAUCCUGGGCCAGGAGCGCCUGUUCCAGGGCGCCUUCCUGGGCAACGAGACACGCAACCUGGAGUUCAAGCGCGGCGGCGGCGAGUACCUGAGCCAGGCCUUCAAGCACCAUCUGCGGCGCUACGUGUGCGCCUUCCUCAACAGCGAGGGCGGCAGCCUGCUGGUGGGCGUGGAGGACAGCGGCCUGGUACAGGGCAUCCGCUGCAGCCACCGCGACGAGGACCGCGUGCGCCUGCUGGUGGACUCCGUCCUGCAGGGCUUCCAGCCCCAGGUCUUCCCCGACGCCUACAAGCUCACCUUCAUCCCGGUGGUCAGCACCUCCACCACGGGCACCCCCCUCAAGGUGAUCCGCCUGAGCGUGCAGGCCCCCAAGGCCCAGGCUGAGCCGCAACUCUACGAGACCGACCAGGGGGAGGUGUUCCUGCGGCGGGACGGGAGCAUCCAGGGCCCGCUGUCCGUCCACGCCAUCCAGGAGUGGUGCAGGCAGAAGUGGAUGGCUGAGCUGAGCAAGCUGGAGGACAGGCUGCAGGUGCUGACAGCCGAGAAGGAACAGCUCCAGCAGCAACUGCAGCAGCAGCAGCACCGGCCCGUCUCCUGCACCUGCUGCGUCUUGUGAGGGCCCAGCACCCCACCUGGAAUAUGCAGGGCUUUCCUGCUUGACCCCAGGUCCCCCCAGUAAAACCAGUCUGGGCUGCUCAGAGGUGGAC